AUGGUUCGAACCCCCGGCCCGGCGCCGCGUCACCCAGGAUGGUACCUGGAUUGGUUGUCUGGGCAAGAUGGGCGGCAGAAGGAGGAGGUGAUACAGGAGGAGGAGGAGCAGCCCGAGGAAAGGGAGGAGGCCCCGUGCCCCGCCAGGCCCUUCAGGGCGCAUCGUUCCCGGCCGUGGAUCUGCAGCGGGGAAGGCGGCGGCGGGGCUUUCCAAGCCGCAGUGCCAAGCUCUGCAUUUCUGGCGAAAGCGGGGAAGGGAAGGCAGGGGAGGGGAGGCUUUCACAUCCUCAAACCCCAGGGAAACAUCUGCUGCUGCUGUCGCCGCAGCGCCAUCCAAAAUCAUCCCGCCGCUGAGACCAGUUACUUAAUCCCAAUCCAUCGCCGCUCCAGGGGCAGCUCCUUUGAAACAGCCAGGCCUGCGGCAAGUUUACAAGAUGAUCACCAACAGUAUCCAAGAGUGUUAAAGAAGAUGUACAUGCCUGUUGUGAGGGGUCUUGAGAGCAAUCAUGGCUUUUCCAGCUUUGAAGAGAAAAACAGUAAUUCUUUCCUUAAAUUUUAUCUACUCACCCCUCCCGUAGGGGUGAAUUACCCUUUAUUCCCACACCAGGAUGUUAUGCCUUUAAUAGAUCCCUGCUCAGGUUCUGUGAGUCCAGUAGCAGAUGCUGAACAGCAGCCCAGUGUUGGAAGAGCUAUUGAAUCCCUGGUAGACUACAGUUAUAUGAAACCUCACCUGGUCCCCAUAGGAGGCCUCCAGGAGGAAACCAGCCAGAACAGACAGUGGGAGUCAGGGCAUGAUUCAGAGGAAUGUAGACAUGGACGCGGCUGUGCUGGUGCAGUAUAUUUUGAAGACAUUGACAAUGCCAGUGUAGACUUAAUCCCACUUAACCAUGUGCAAACUUCAAAGUCUCGCUACACAAGUACUGCACACACUCCAACUAUCCCUGGAUACACUGGCAAGGUUCAUUGAUCAGCAACUCACCUGGGAAAUUCUAAUCUUCCAUCAACAACCCCAUCAGUAAUUGCACGAAUGCAUGGAUACAUAGCAAAACGUGGAAGCUUGUCUCAGUAUAAGCACCAAGGACUUUUUUCUCAAGUGUUUACUCCAGUUGGUCCUCAGAAUUCUUUCAACAAGGCAGAACAAGAAACCUUUACAAUUUAG